CCACUCUUCUAAGCUUUCUAUUCUGCCAUCUCUCCAUGCGUGGUUGGGAGGUGUCAUGGCAUGAACAAAUCUCUACCGCUGACUCGCCGCAUGUGCUCGAAUCAAAGGGUCAAAAGCAGUGGAUGAGACAAUUAUGAGUGUUUCCCUUUCAAUACCAGAAAUCUCCCCAACUACUCCAUUAAUUGAUUGCACACACCAUACCAUCCCGUUUCCUAUCCCUUGCCAUUAAUAGAAUAAUCCUCGAACGGUGCUUUUCCACUUUUAUUUGUGCUAUCAUCACUGGCUCCCAUUUUACCCGACGGCGAAGAAACUGCUAUAUAUAUGCACAGAGUUCUGCUCUGAGGCGACGCGAUCGAUUCUGAAUUUGAAACCCUCCCUCUUGCGAGAUGGGCGGAGGCAAUGGCCAGAAGUCUAAAAUGGCUCGGGAGAAAAACCUGGAGAAACAAAAGUCCUCCUCAAGAGGAAGUCAGCUGGAAAAGAACAAGAAAGCCAUGACAAUACAGUGCAAGGUGUGCAUGCAGACAUUUAUAUGCACAACGACGGAGGUGAAGUGCAGGGAGCAUGCAGAAGCAAGGCACCCAAAAUCUGAUGUUUACGCCUGUUUUCCCCAUCUUAAGAAUCCCAACUCCUCCUAGAGGAGGCUGCCUGUAACAACAUAUGCUUCUGCAGAAUAUACUGAUAAAAAUCCAACAUUCCUUUCAA